CCAUUGCCAACGGCGCCACGCCACCAACCUCCGAUCGAUCGAUCGAUCGAGCAUAGCUAGUCGCUGUCCGAUCCUGCAGCCAUGGCGGCGACGACGGCGGCGGCGGCGGUGCCGGGGGUGGUGAGGGCGGAGAGGCUCCUGCGCGGCGGGUGCGUGGUGAUGGCGGCGACGGCGGCGCUGCUCCUCGGGUUCAGCGCCGAGACCAAGACGGUGCUCUUCGUCCGCAAGACCGCCGUCGCCAAGGACGUCCAAGCCCUCUGGGUGCUCACCGUGGCGGCGGCGGCGGCGGCGGGGUACCAAUUCGCGCAGCUCGUCAGGUGCAUGUACUGCUCCUCCUCCGGCGACGCCGGCGCCAUGGCGGUGGCGUGGACAUCUUUCCUGCUCGACAAGGGAUGCGCGUACGUGGUGUUCGCGAGCACGGCGGCGGCGCUGCAGGCGUGUAUGGUGGGGCUGAUCGGCGUGGAGGCCUUGCAGUGGAGCAAGCUCUGCAACAUCUACACCCGCUUCUGCGAGCAGGCCGCCGCCGGCAUGCUCUGCAGCUUCCUCGCCGCCGCCGGCAUGGCCGUCCUCUCCGCCUUCUCCGCCCGCCGCCUCUUCCGCCUCUACUCGCCGGCCGGCCACCGCCGCAGCUGCCCGCGCGCGGCAGUACUAGCUACCUCUCCGCACUAGAAAUCUCUAAUUCUAGAGAUAGAGAUGAAUCUGAAUAUAAGUAUGUUCAGAUACAUCUCAGAAUUAUAGCUACUAGCUAUAGGAGGCCAGCAAGUACAUAUGUAAUUUGAAGCUACGUAUGGCUGCUUUUUAGCAACGUCUGACAUUGCAGACUAUGUAAGUUUUCAGAUAAUGGAAGAGCAAAAAUAAAAAAGUUAUGAACUCCAAUUUUGUUUUUUGA